GCUAUCCACAGGCAGCGAAAAGCAGCAACAGCAACGACACAGCCGUUGCGCCGCCGCAUAAAUGAUUAGUACGAGCAGCAUGAGGUCACAGGAGGGUCAACAGGCAGCCGGGCUGCCGCGACCCAAAAACAAUGCGUCCAGCACACAGCUGACCCAGGAUGAGAACGAUGCGGUCUUUAGGCUACUGGGACGCAAGUGUCAGACCCUAAACACUGCCGUUGUGCAGAUCUACAAGACGGAGGGCAAUGCGCACUCGCACUGGAAGAAAAAGCACACGGGCGUCGUUUGCUUUGUCAAGGAUAGCGCCAUACGAUCCUAUUUUUUGCGCGCCUACUGCCUGAUCAAAAACGAACUGAUUUGGGAGCAUGAGAUAUACGAUGGCAUGCAGAUUGUCAAAUCGCGUCCCUUUCUGCUAACCUUCGAGGGCAGCGACGGCAACGUGGGCUUAAACUUUAUCUCGGAGGAUGAGUGCGAUUCGUUCUUCCGCGUCCUGGACGCCACAAUAGAAACCCGAAAUCGCAAGCGUCUGGAGAAGCGUAAUAGGCAAAAGUCCCAACAAGCUCCCAAUGCGCCAAUGCCGCCAGUGUCACGAGAGCCAGCGCGUCCGCCCUCCAUUAUAGGCAAGAGCCCGAUGCCGACGACAACGACGACGGCAGUAGAUAGCGGUGCCGUGCAGCUGCGCAACAAUAAAAUCAACUCGGUAACGCUGACACCGGCGCCCGCGCAGCCACCAACCAAAAACUUCUUGUCGAGCAACUUUGGACUGAGCGGCUCGGCGGGCAAGGAUAAGAAACGCAAGGUGACCAAAGCGGAUAUUAGCCAACCGACGAAUUUUGUGCAUAUCAGCCAUGUGGGCUGGGAUGCGAACAAGGGCUUCGAUUUGACGGGCAAUGAGAGCGAUGAGAUGCUGACCAAGUUCUUUGCCAAGGCUGGCGUCUCCGAGUCCCAGCUAAACGAUCGAGAUACACGCGCCUUCAUCUAUGACUUUAUACAGAGCAAUAAUGUGCUGGCCUCGGUCAAGCAGGAGGAGAUUGAAUCGCCCACGGAACCAACGCAGCAUAUGCCGCCACCGGUGCCGAGUCGUCAUCAUCCACAUCAUUCACAGAAUGGCAACCAAAGAUCCGCACCGCCGCCUCCACCGGUGCGACAGCCGCCGCCACCAUUGCCGACAACGGCACCGGGAGCAGCACGCGCACCACCGCCACCCAGCAGACCGCCACCCAUUAAUGCGGCUCCACCGCCACCGCCACCACCAACGGUCUGCCCGCCCGCAGCAGCGCCGCCUCCACCACCGCCACCACCUCCAGCGGCUGCGCCACCUCCUCCACCGCCACCACCACCCAUGGCCGUGGCGGAAGUGCCGAUUAUUGCGUCAACGCAACCAUCGGCUCAGGCCAGUAAAAUUGCGCCCGAAGUGGACACGCGCAAUGCGCUUAUGGAUGCCAUACGGAAGGGCAAAUCGCUUAAGCCGGUGGAGCCAGUAGCUACGAGCAGCAAUAGUGUUGAUCCGCGCAACGAUCUACUGGGUCAGAUACGUGAGGGCUUCACCUUGAAGCCAGUGACUGAACGUAAACUACCUGAACAGCGGAUCAGUGAUGGUAGCGCUGGUGCUACCGAUGCCCUGGCCGAUGCACUGCGUCGUGCACUUGCGGCACGUGGCACAGUCAUGCAUUCAGACGACGAGGAGAGUAGCACAUCCUCGGACAACGAUUGGUCCGAAUAGAUUAACAACUAGGCGGCCAUUAGAGAUGAUUGUUGGCAAACACAUUAUUCCAAAUAUAAGCAAUAAUUUUAUUUGUGCUUUGGCAUUUUGAUUUAUCGCCAGAUAAAUCACUGUAAAUACUGUUUAGUGAAUUUUUCAUACCUCUUUAAUUUAAUUUUUCUAAAAACUGUUAAACAACAAACAAAAUACGCAAAUUUAUUAACACAAGUUAAAAAACUAAAGAAAAAAUAACGAAAAUAAUUAUGAUUGCAUAAGAACUAUUUGUUUUUCACUACCAAUUCACAUAUGCAUAUAAUUCCUUUUAAUUGCUCAAAAAGAAACGAAAUUCAUAAUCAAAAAUGACUUAAAAUUAUCAAAAACAAAACAACAAUAUUUAUGUACAUACAUAUGAAUAUGUAUCCACAACAAUAAACCUAAAAUAUAUAUCUGCAUGUGCUUAACUUGUUCAGAGAUGUGCCAAAAAGAAAAACAACUAUUAAUAUGCCCCUGUCAAAAAACAAAAAAAAACCCGAAGCAAAAGUCUGUAUAUAAGACCUAAGAUAUAUUUUCUGAAAAUAUGCUUAAUUAAACUAGUUAGUCGCGGCCCA